CGUUUUGUUUGGUCAAUGGUGUCUUCAACACUGACAGAUCUGAUAAUCAUGAUUAACAUGCUUUAAUCUUCACUCAUCAGUUCUCGGUCACCCUUCCAACAAUGGUGAAUACGCAACGUUGGUGGCUGCGAGGAGGAGGAGGAGGCCGGAGUUAUAUAAUGAUUUUGUGGCAAAGAUGGGGGAAACGUGAAUGGGCCAUUGCCGCAGCUGGAUUUGCCAUUGUUCUUAUAGCUUUAUCUUUCAUCCUUUCAUCAGAUUCAUCCUCCCCCGAUCAAUUCUCCGGCACCACCGACACUGAUUUCGUACCGCUCGUUCUCUUAAGCAAUGCUGUUCAACGAGGCGCCUAUUGUUUAGAUGGAAGUAUUCCUGCAUAUCAUUUUCAGAAGGGUUUUGGAUCUGGCUCUAGGAGAUGGGUUCUACACAUCGAGGGUGGAGGUUGGUGCAAUUCAGUAGCUUCUUGUUCUUUUCGUAAGGGGACUCCACUAGGAUCUUCAAACUUCAUGGAACACCAAGUUCAAUUUUCUGGGAUUUUAAGCAGUGAUCCAUCUCAUAAUCCAGAUUUCUAUAACUGGAACAAGGUCAAGAUACGGUAUUGUGAUGGUGCAUCUUUUGCUGGGCACCCUGAAAGUGAACAAAAGAAUGAUACUAAACUUUUCUUCAGAGGUCAACUCAUAUGGGAAGCAAUGAUGGAUGAACUCCUGUCAAUUGGAUUAUCUAAUGCUCAACAGGCACUUCUUUCUGGAUGCUCAGCUGGAGGAUUGGCAACACUCAUCCACUGUGAUGACUUCAGAGGAGUUUUGCCAAAUGAUGCUAAAGUCAAGUGUUUAUCUGAUGCAGGUUUCUUUCUUAAUGAGAAAGAUGUUGCUGGUAAUGCCACCAUUCAGUCAUUUUACCAUGAUGUUGUCAAUCUUCAGGGUGUAGCAGGAAGCUUGAAAAAAGACUGUGUUGCCAAAAUGGAACCAUCCAAGUGUUUCUUUCCUGAACAAAUAGUAAAAAGGACAAAUACACCAGUUUUUCUUGUCAACCCAACUUAUGACUUUUGGCAGAUAAAACACAUUUUGGUACCUGGGCCAUUAGAUCCUAAUGACAGUUGGUACAAAUGCCAACUCAGCAUUCAAAAUUGUGGUCCCCAACAGAUUCAAGUACUACAAGGCUUUAGAAAUUCAUUCCUGAAGGCAUUGUUGGAAUUUGAGCAAAUGAAGGGUGGAGGAAUGUUUAUAAAUUCUUGUUAUAUUCACUGCCAAACAUGGAUGUCUGAGACAUGGCAUUCUCCAAAUUCUCCCAGAAUAAAUAAUAAGACUAUUGCAGAAUCAGUUGGUGAUUGGUUUUUUGAGAGAAAAGUAACAAAAUACAUUGAUUGUCCUUAUCCUUGCAAUCCUACUUGCUACAACAUGGAUUUCACUGGAAAACGAUUACAUUGAAGAUGUGAAUGGCAUUCAAGUGUUGUAUCUACACAAAUGCUGCCAAAAAAAAAGGGAAUCAUCAAUUGGAUUUUAUGUAAUUGGGAUUGGUUUGUUGUUUUAGGAUAUGUAAUUUUUUAGGAUCUUGUUUUUUUCGUUAAUUUUGAUUAAGAUUAUUUGAAGUUGUAAUAAUAAGUUUUCUAGUGUUUGAUAAACCUGAUUAUGAUUUUAUUUUUGAUUUUUUACUGCCAAAAUAAUUAUAUUUUGAGAAGUAUAAUGUAGGAAAGUGUUGCU